AAAAACUUGUCUUUUGCUUCUGGGUUUUGCUUCUUAUUUGAAAAUAGUCAUCCAUUCCGGGAAAUUUGGAGAUGGCUCCGGUUGGUCCUCGAUCCGGUGAUGCGAUCUUCUCUAGCAUUGAUCGUGUGAAUGCGGAGUUGUUCACGUUGACGUAUGGUGCAAUUGUGCGUCAAUUGCUUACUGACCUGGAAGAAGUUGAGGAAGUUAACAAACAGCUUGAUCAAAUGGGAUACAACAUUGGAAUCCGACUUAUUGAUGAGUUUCUAGCCAAAUCUGGUGUUUCCAGAUGCGUUGACUUCAAGGAAACUGCUGAAAUGAUUGCCAAGGUGGGUUUCAAGAUGUUCUUAGGGGUCACUGCCUCAGUGACAAGCUGGGACGCUGAUGGGACUUGCUGCAGUAUAAUCUUGGAGGACAAUCCGCUAGUUGAUUUCGUGGAGCUUCCUGAUACUUGCCAAGGUCUUUACUACUGCAAUGUCUUAAGUGGAGUCAUUAGAGGAGCUUUGGAAAUGGUCUCAAUGAAGACAGAAGUGACAUGGACGCGUGAUGUUCUUCGAGGAGAUGAUGCUUAUGAGUUGCAAGUGAAGCUACUGAAACAAGUCGCUGAGGAAUAUCCUUACAAGGAUGAUGAAUAAAUGUCAAUCUCUUAUCUUCCCUCUUCCUCAAAGAGAAACUAAUUACUGUUUGUAGUCUCUUUCUCUACAAUUCUUAGCUUUAUCUUUUUCUCCGUAAACACAAAACCAAAGCUAUGAAACUAAAUACUGGUUGAUGUUUUGGUACAAACCGUUAAUCCAUUUCUUAGUGUUCUUAUGUGACAAGAGUUAAUCGUAUUAUGAUGUCACUUAAAAAUCAAUUCGUGUAUCAAUU